AUGAAACAUCAGAGCAGUGUCUUUCGCGCCAAGCGACUAUCCAAAGCAUUCACGUCGACACUGACGAGCGUCUUCGAGAAGGUCGAUACGAGGAAAGACACACCAGCAACAGCCCAUCAUCUCUUCUUGCCAAUAGCCGAACGUAACUCAAAGGACAGCUCUCGACCUGGAAGCUUACAAGACGACUUCAACUCAGCCAUCCCAGCCGAAGCACCCACAGAGCAUUACAUAAUACAAGAAAGUGGGUAUCCUGCUUUACGAGCGUUGCGAAGCGACGCCGAGAUUGGAGAUGGGAUAUGGAGAUGCUGCCACUGCCGCCACGAGAACAUCAUCACGCAUUACAAGGGAGCGUUCCCUUUCAAACACCUGCGGAUGACACUCGCGAGAGCUGACGAUUACCUGAAAACUCGACACCGCUUGAAGAGCACAACUAAAGACUAUCUCACCCUCUUGAAAUCCGUCCCAGUAUGCUCACCCGACCUCCGCAUCCACCGCGCUUGCUACGUACUUCGAGAGGUCUUUUACGCCUAUCGCGAAGCUACAUGGAACAGAUUCUGUGCCAGCAUUUCCCUUGCCACACGACAUAACGGUCUCACUAUCAUCACUGAGGACCCAAUGAAGUCAGGGCGGAAGAACGGCUGGUUCGCUGACUUUCCCAAUCAAUACUUCGUCGGCAACCCUACAGCCAAGGAGAAGGUGCUGGCGAUCACUCCGUGUUACGACGUCGGCUUCCUUAAGAAGCUCGUAGAACAGCUGUUCGCAGGCCUCGACGUACACAUUGAAGAAGUCAACGUUCGCCUCAAGACCCUUACUGAGUGCACCAUCGUGGCUGUAGAACCCGGGGAAGAACUUGACUUGGGGUAUUACCAAACCCACUGGUGCAUGCGCAUCACUGUGCCUUCCACGGGAAAACAGACCGCUCUCGACAUCACUGGUGCGCAGUACGGUAUUUCCCAUGGUGACAUGCCGUGGGAGUCGCAACUGGAAUUUUUUGUCGAAAAGAUCCAAGCCGUGAAGCCACUGGGCACGCUUGAGAAGUUUGCAGAAGAGAUGGCAACGUUCAAAGGUACUGAAGGCCUCGAGUACCAAGUUGCGGCAGGCGCGAUCAAGGCAUGGCAUCAGACAGUCGAUUCGGCGAUGCAGCGAAAGGGCUUGACAUGGGCGGACGUAUUACAGAAAUCAGAAGCAGACUAUGAGAGACAUACAAGGAAGAUUAUCAGCGUAGGCACAAAGGCUAUGCAGAAGUAUGCUGCGGUUACAAAGUUGACCAAGAGGAGAAACAAGGCGGAGAGGUAUGAGGAGAGACACGAAGACCAAUUGGAGGGAGAGACUGAGGAGCUAGAGAUGAUCUACUUGGAGUAG